CAUGGCGGAAAGGAAAAAUUUAACAUUUCGAGUUUUCAACAUGAAUUUCCUCUUCUAAUGACGAAAUAGAAUAAAAUAUGGGAGCAGAAUCUAGUUUGCUGAAUGAUGUUAACAUAGGAGAAUCGAUACAUAGCAAUGAUAAGCGUGGUUGGGACUUGCAUAAAGCCAAAAAGGCAGAUGGAUCGCGGGUGUCCGCAUUUGUGUACCAACUACAGACCAAAUCUAGCAGUGGGGAAAGGUUGGAAAAUCUGGUCAAGCAUCUGAAGACUAUCCGCCAUCCGACAAUCAUGAAGUUUCUUGCAUAUGGCAAGAUAUCGGGUAACCAUGUAUUGGUGACGGAGCCGGUACAAUGCUUGGAUCAAGUGAUAGAAGGGUUGAGUCCUUGCGAGAUACUGGCAGGCAUGUACAACGUUAUCGAGGCAAUUACAUUUCUUCAUGAAGCUGCGAGCGUCUGCCACAACAACAUCUGUAUGUCCUCUAUCUUCGUGGGGGCAGAUGGUGCCUGGAAGCUUGGUGGCAUGGAGUGUGCAUGCAGCAUCGAAAACUUGUCUGAGAACUUCAUUGAAAGAUGCACAGCCAGUAGAGACAGUGAUUGCAUUCCACCGGAGGAUAAGCUCAAGUCUGGGGCCAAGAGUACUCCACCUCCUCCUCAUGCCCGGGAUUCGUUUGGGUUUGGUGCCCUUGCUGAACAACUCAUGGAGUAUUUGGUGGAGUUAGGACCUCUGACGCAAUCCUUUGACCAAAAGCUUCAGACUCUGAUGCACGAUGACCCAGCCAGCAGACCAAAGGUCAAAUCAUUACUACAGGAUAAACUCUUCAAGAACGACUUCAUGGAGAUAGCACGUUUCCUGCGGAAUAUUACGCUAAAGUCAGAAAGAGACAAGGAAAAAUUCUUCAAAAAUCUCGUGCCGCGACUAUUACAACUUCCGGCUGAUCUCAUCGCGACACGACUCGCCACACUUUUGUUGUCACGAUUUGUCCUAUUGGAUGAGUCAGCAGACAGAUAUCUCGUUCCUCAUUUGCUCACUUCAAGUAAAGUGCGAAACACAUCUUACCUUGAAGAUGAAUUUAACGCAAUCCUACCAGACAAACUCUUUCGCUUACAUAUCAUCCCCGAACUUUAUAAAAUCUUCCACGUACGAGAUGCUCACAUUCGCCUGGUGCUGUUGAGGAACUUUUCCAAUUAUGCUCAUAUGUUUGAUAAGGAGACGUUACGGUCUGUGAUCAUUCCACAGCUUCUAGUUGGCCUUAGGGAUUUUAACGAUGAGAUAGUGGAGUUGAGUCUGCGAUCUUUGGCGGACCUGGUGCCAGUUCUUGGUGGUGAUAUAAUUGUUGGGGGGAAGCGUGUCAAAUAUUUCUCGGAGGGCAAGCCAAAGUUUCAGCCAGGUUCUUCUAUGAAGUUAAACCACACAGACAGAAGGUGUAACAACACACCUAAUGGGCGACAUUCUAGUCUGCAUAAUCAUAUUGAUAAUCAUGUUGAGAAUGAAGAAAGGCCAGACCCCAAGCCUCCUCGCCCACGACCAGAAAGGAAAGGUCUACGAUUGAGUCAAACAGCUGCAAAACAGUCACAAGAACCUGUGGACCUGAACUUUGAAAAUGAAACUCCCGUAUCCCCAAGGCAUCAAGUUACAGCAGUAGGCCCGACCAGGAACGAAAACGAUUCAAUCAGUGCUGCAGACAAGUCACAGCAUGUCGGGGGAGAGGAGGACGGAUGGUCGGACUGGGAGGACCCAGCGGACGUCAUGGACAAGGCAGAAUGUGAUAUGGAGGAGACAGAUCUCAAAUAUACGGAGAGUGAGGAUUUGAAUGCCGAAGCUCGUCAAAUAUUCGACAAUGGUUAUGCCGAUGUUUAUGAGGAAUUGGAGACAACACAUGUUGUUGAAGUUAUACCUAGUCAUUCCAGUUUUCCACCAGGUGGCAGGGGGUUGAAACUUAAGUCUAAUCAGAAAGAAGUGAAUAGUAUUUUGCAAGCGGACCAGUUAGGUAAAACUGACAUGGAUGUUGUGAAGACUGUUUCAGGAACGACAAGCAAAGCAGGUUCUGCCAAAGGUUCCACACAUUCUAGUCCUCGGCAUAACCCGGAUUUAAAUCUGGGUGCGGAGUUUGACGUCAAAAUGAUCGAUGUCAAGAAAAAGGAAACUCAUGACGAGAUUGAUGAUUUAUUUGCCGAUAUGCAGCCGAAGAUUAAGACAGACUCGCUGGAUUUGUUGACGAUGUUGGCCAAGGCUGAAGAGACACAGCGGAAUAUGGAGGCGAGGCAAAUGGAACGGAUGCGGGAAGAGUCGAAGGUGUUGUUGGCGUACAACACAGGGGAUCAAGCGGAGGAAGAUGCUGGUGGUUGGGGCGACGACUUGGAUUGGUGUGAUCAAACAACGGAGGAUGCCCUCAAAUGAGGGACAAUUGCUAGACUGAUGGGGAUGUUCUUUGCUAAUGAGUCACUGUCUUAUCUAGUGGUUAUAAUCCAGGCUAAUAAGCUCAUGUUCCUUAUGGUCCUCCAUUCUUUUGGCUGACCUCUGUUUAAGCUGCACACAGCUUACGCAGCACCAGAGGGCAGGUUGUACACAGCUUACACAAAGCGGGGGAUGUGUCAGUUGUUACUGGGAUUGUAUUAGUACCUGGGAUGGCCUAUGUAGGCUUAUUUUCUUCACUUUGGGAAUUAAUCUUUGAAAUUAUCAUUUCAACCAUGCUUUGGGUGCUGUAUUUCCACUUACUCCACAAGCUUGGGUUGGUAUGCUGAAGUGUAGGGUAUGUAUGUUCAUGUAAUAAUUGCAAACUUCUGGAAGAGCAUGCAGGACCUGUUCAGAUAGGGGAAAACAGUUGAUUGUUUUAAAAAUCCUGUGCAGGGUUGUUGAAGCCAAGAUAACUCUUGUGCACAGUUUGUCAAUCUGCCAUUAUGAACUCCCAUGCUGUGGUGGUUGGCUAUCUUUUACAACCAAGUAGGUUAACCAGGUUAGAGUUUGUCACAACUUGGUGAAAUUCAUGUUGGAUGGUUUUUUCUCUCUAAAAUGUGAUAAUGACCUAAUGUCAGAUGUGCUGCUUCAAAAAGGCGGGUGUAUUACGAAGUCUUACUUAUUUAUAACAUAAAUGUGGAGCUGGUGCCUUGGAAGCCCAUUGCAAAAUGCGAAUUAGUUAAGUGUACGUCAUCUGAGUGAUCUGUCUUUGUCUAAGGAGGAAACUGGAAGUCUGUCGUGUCUGUAUCCUUUAUUUAUGCUUGUACAUGUUUUGGACUUGUGUUCACUAUAAAAUCAGCAUCUUUCUGUCUGAGUUUUCCACUUCUAGAGAUAGAGAUUGAAUGGCCAAGCUCAGUAAGACGCUUCUCGGAGUAGGAGGUGAACUCUGUUUAGGUAUGAACUCAGUCUUUUUGCACUUCCAGCAUUCUCCUUGGACUCCCUCAGUCCCUGUCAUGUAAAAUGUAAAUGAGACUCUUUUCAACUUGGUAGCUAAUCAUGUUAUAAGAUAAAUGUAUAUUUAUGAAAAUAAAAUAUAUUC